CCGGGGUGCCGCGCUCGUCACACACACACACACACUCACACAAACAAAAACACACAAACAGAGGAUCGCGGUGAAACAUGAGCUUCUGCCACUUUGUGCUUGUGUGCCGCUCUAGAUUGAUGUUGGAAGCCGCCAAUGGUCGAACCUUCUGUUUUUGGUCGAAGGAGUGGUGAACUGCUUCGGUUGAAAGAGAGGCGCGGCAGCUUGUAGACGCACGCUGAUCAAUUGUCAAGGUAAUGGAGUCAAUGGGGACACGACUUUGAGAGAGAGGAGAGAGGCUUGAGGCUUAAGAAGGCUUACUUAGCGGCUGGUGGCCAUAGCUGUAUUGAAGAAGAAGACGUCAAGGCGUCGAGGGAAUGGCAUCUUCAAUCAAGAUCUUAUUCUUGUGGCACCAGAGCUUUUGAGGGUUGUGGGGACGAGGUAGGUUAGGCUGGUUGGGUUGAAAUGGCUGGAGGAGGGGGAGUGGCUGGUGAGAAAGUUCCUUGAACCUGCUUGUUCGGAAGGUAAUGAGCCGACGAGGAGGACUCGAAGAAAGGCGAGACAGAAAGGCCAUGAACGCGGAGGACGAGUCGGGGAUGCUCGUCGAGGAAAGCAGUUUGCAAACAGUAGAGAGAAGGGGAAGGCGGAAACAAGGUCACCGCUAAGCGGCUGAAGGGUGCGCUGCGAAGAUAUCCAGUUUUUUGGGGGGGCGGAGGGGGGAAGACCCCCUCAACGGCGGGAGAUCGGAUCGUGGUUUGUCAGCGAUGGGUUGCUGCUGUCCGACAAUUCGGCUGGGUCCGUCGAAGAGCAGCUCCAUGAAUCCUAUGAAGCCGCCGGAUUCCGGUCAUGAUAUUCCGAAGCCGGAAAUGCCGAAGCCGGAAAUGCCGAAGCCGGAUAUGCCGAAGCCGGAAAUGCCGAAGCCGGAAAUACCGGAGUCGACGGCUGGGGGUGUUCAGGUGAAGAAGUACUCGGCCGAGGAGAUAAAGAGAGCUACUAACAAUUUCGACGUUUCCACGAGGAUUGGAGGGGGUGGGUUUGGCACGGUGUACAAGGGCACCGUUAGAACGUCAGUGCACACUCAGCAGACCGUGGCCAUCAAGAAGCUGGGUGUGGAUUCGCGGCAGGGAAUCAAUGAGCUUGUCAAGGAGAUCGAGAUUCUUCCCCGUCUUCAUCAUCGGCACCUUGUCACUUUGGUAGGGUAUUGCAGUGCCCCCGGGUGUCUCGCCUUGGUUUACGAGUACAUCUCGAAUGGGACUCUGAACGAUCAUAUGUACGGCUCCAAGGCUACGCCAUCGGGAUUGCCGUGGCUCACCCGGAUCUCGAUAGCUCUCGACGUGGCACGUGCGCUCAGUUACCUUCAUCUCCACGUGACGCCGGGCGUCAUUCAUCGCGAUAUCAAGCCGUCCAACAUCUUGAUUGAUCAGAAGAUGCAUGCGAAGCUGACGGACUUUGGGUUGUCGAAACUUCUCCCCGAUGACGAGGAGUACACUCACUUGACGACGAAUAUCAAGGGAACGCAAGGCUACCUGGACCCGGAGUACUUCCAAACUCGUCGGCUGACGGAAAGGACGGAUGUGUACAGCUUCGGUGUGGUAAUGUUGGAACUGAUCACGGGAAGAAAGCCGUUGGAGAUAAUCACAGGAAUGCGGCGAUUCGACCUUGUGAAGUGGGCGAGGGCGGAGAUGAAGAAGGGGAACAUACGCAGUGUGCUCGAUCAUAGGAUCGCUGAAGGCGCGUAUUCGGUGGACGCUCUGUGGAAGUUAGCCGACUGCGCCAUGACGUGUUGCGAGCCUUAUUCGGCAAAUCGGCCGAACAUCGGUGACGUGGUAAGGUAUAUCGAGGAGGCGGAGACCCUGCAGAGAGAAGGGUCAAGGAGCGGUCAAGCUUUUCCGGAGAGGAUAGGUUCUGGCGCUCAAAACGCAGGACCAUCAGGAGGGGGAGCGGGAGGAGGUGGGCAUGCAAACCACAUGCCGCAGGCAGGAAGAGGAGGAGCAUUACCCUCCGUCUCGCCUGCUCGAUGAUCGGCCUCCACCACAAGGAGGAGAGGCGGAGGUGGGGUAUCAAUACAAACCUAUGCAUCCUGGAGAAGGACGACCGCCAUAUCCAGCUUCUACGUUUCAUUAUCCCAAUGCGGCUGCAGUAGGAACGCCGGUCCGCUCUCCGUCCCAAGCGGUUGCUUACCCACCGUACGAUACUCUCCUCGCUCUGCUAACCCCGCUGGUAUCCCGCGAUAGUAGUCCGUUGCAGCCCUCGGCGCUGCCGUGGCUUGCUGUAUCACUGCUGCUGUGGGGAUGGUUCGCCAGUUGGGGCUGUGUAACAGAGGAGGAUGUGCUCAAGUAUAUAAUAGGUAUGAUGUCAUUUUUAUUUGCCCAUUCGAUGGGGAGCUCUCUCUCUCUCUCUCUCUCGUUUCUCUACUCCUCGGGUCCCGGUCUUUCCGAGCGUGGUAGUUGUUAGUGCUGAUGUCGGUGUAGCUUGUGACCUGGUUGGGAUUUCAACCAGGGAAAGCCUUGAAGAAAGCCCACGAGGUGGAUGCCACUGACGAGUGUACCUUCUCCUGCAUGGUCAUGCCACAGUGGGAAGAAGAGGAUGCAAAAGACACCUCGACGUACUGCUGCGUUCCCGCGCUUGGAGGCGGCGAAAGGGAGAAGGGGCUGCUGGCAACUAGUACGGUGAAGGAAGUCUAGGCAUCUAGACUAGAAGGUACUACUUGGAUUACCGUACUUUAUUUUAUUUAUUGUGUCAGGCUCGCGCUUGUGUUCACUCUUGUCGGGUUGUUGGUGCAUUCGUGUGCAUUCGCUUACUGUGCCAUUGUCUGCUCUUGUUUGCUAGGGCGCGCUAGUGAGAGAGAGAGAGAGAGAGAGAGAGAGNGAGAGAGAGAGAGAGAGAGAGAGAGAGAGAGAGAGAGAGAGAGAGAGAGAGAGAGAGAGAUGCUUAUGCUAGACAUAGACAAGGAGGCUGUGCAUAAAGUGAUUGUUUUGUACAGGUACUACAGGAUAUAGCAGUAGCUUGUAGGUGGGUAGGCGGGUAGGUGGGUAGGUGAGUUGUUUGCGUUGUGAGUUAUUAUGUGUCGUGAUGAGAUACUCUAUUCGAAUUGCUUGCCCUUGGUGACGACGAAGGGGUUGGCUCGUCGAUGCUGUCAUCGAUCCUGAAUCAAUAAUUUAUCGGCGAUGGACCUAUUUUGUCUCUGUUCUUUCUGAAAUCUUCUGGACUCUGUGCAAUUAUUAGGACUCCGUUCCGGUCACGUAAUGUUCCUCAUUCGUGGAACAGAAAUGAAGGAAGGUAGGAUGGUUAAGGGAGCGAGGUUUACGUGGAGUAAAAGUAAGAUGUCGAGAUAGAAGCUUAGUAGGAGCGUAAGUCGAGGAGGAGGAGGAAGAGGCGGGUGAUUGUAUAAAGAUGAGAGAAAGGAGAAAACGAACGGGAGGGGAGGAAGGUUACACUGUGAUAACGAUGUUGUUGAAGAUUGCUCCUGACGUUCGGGACAUCGUCCAGGAGCUUCUAAAACUGUGUGUCGUGUAUAGCCCAAAUAAAGAUUGAGUGCGCACUUAACCGUGGUUAAGGCGUUGAUUGGUUGGGGCUUUGGAAAGGACAACAGAGGAUCCAAAUGUGAAAGGAUUUGAUUGGUUGGGGCUAUGGAAGGGAUCGAAGAGAGGAGGAUUUCUGAGUGACUGAUAAGUUCCUCCCUUCUUUGUUCUUCGUGCAAGCUUGGCCAUGGUCCAGGGAGGGAUUCGUUAAUUAAUUGGUUGAUUGAUUGAUUGGUGUUGAGGACAGAGGAGCAUUUUUUAGAAUCAGGGGGAUUUAAUUUGGGCUCCUAAGAUAGGACGAUUUGUGAGUGACGUGAUUCCCUCGUUUUUUGUUCUGUUUUGUUUUUUGUGUUUUGUUCUUUUUGUCAUGGUGAGCGAGCAAAGGUGGGGGCCUGUGGUAGAAAACUCCUCGCAAAAACACCUCAGGAGCAUUUGUAUUGUCCGGUAAUUUUCCAACAUUAAUUUACGGUUCCCUGUCCUGCUAUGGCUCCCUAUUA